GUCACACUGUUGUUCGCGGACAUGCCGGGGUUCGCGGCGCUUUGCGGCUCCCUCCCCCCCCGUGUGGUGAUGUCCUUUUUGCACAACCUUUUCGCCACCUUUGAUGACAUGCUGGACCACUACAAGGUCUAUAAAGUGGAAACAAUCGGCGACUGCUACGUGGUGGCUGGGGGCCUUAUGUACGAGGAUGAGGACGGCAUGGCUGCCGCUAUGCUCCAAUCCGCCUUCCGAGUCACGCUUCCCACCACGGGUGCCCAUGUACGGCUGCGAAUUGGCCUUCACAGCGGUCCGGUCGUCAGCGGCCUUGUGGGCACCCGCAUGCCGCGGUUUUGUCUGUUUGGCGACACCAUCAACACCGCCAGUCGCAUGGAGAGCACCGGCGUGGCGGGCUGCAUACACGCCAGC